GGAAGUUUUAUUUAUUUUGGGAACUGCUAUGUGUUAAAGUGGAUACAAGGCAAUUGUUGACUUCGGUGGAAAGGAAUCAGAUACAGCAGAGACUCAGUGUGAGUGUCCAGCUGUCUCUCUGGACUCAGCUCAUACAGUCAGAUCUAUGGAUCCAGACAGCGUUUACACUGGGCUACAGAAACCAGCACAGGACGUGUACGAGACUGUGACCAGGAGAGCAGAGAGAGAGCCAGGAGGAGAGCAAACCACAGUGCAGUGCUGGUGCAGGAGGGGUAUCCCGAUGGCUCUGGGCGUCACAGUGUGUGUCUUACUGGUCACAGUCAUCGCCCUGGGGACAGUCUUGUGGAAGACCAGCAGAGACUGCGAGAUCCACCUGAGGGAGAAGAACAGACAACUGGAGAGACUCAGGAAUGAAACCGAGAGAAACAGGACUGAAACUCAGAGAUAUAUUGAAGAUCUGGAGUCGGUCUUCUGUGUGGACCCUUCUACUGGGGAGAGAAAGCAGCAGUGCUGUCCACAGGGAUGGAAGGAGGGAGACUGUGGUAGAUGUUACUACGUCUCUACUGAGCGAAGAUCCUGGGAGUCUGCACAUCAGUUCUGCUCGUCAGUGGAAGCUCAUCUGGUAGAAAUUGAAAACAAGAGAGAACUGAGGGUUCUCAAUGGUCUAGUGCAAACCUACGACUAUUGGACUGGCCUGAGCAGGAAGGACAGGGGAGGAGCGUGGAGCUGGGUCACAGGUGGAGCCCUGAACACAGCACUAGUCGCCGUCAGCGAGAGCCACCGCGGGGGCGACUGCGCCGCUGCGUUCCGGGGCUCGGGCGAGGUCUAUCUGUACUCGGCCUCUUGCACGCUGCCCUACCAGUGGAUCUGCGAGGCGGAGCCUGAGAGAGUGUGGGCGAUGGGAGAGGCAAGGGGCGGUCUGGGCAAAGGGGUCAGCCCCGCCCACCGUGGGCGGUAUUAAAAGCAAGCAUGCGAGAACUAAAACUACCGACUACUCCAUCAGCCCUUAUUUAAUCUUAAUUCCACUUUAUUCCAGUACGACAAACAGAAGGCUUACAGAACAAUGCUUGUCAGUGUUGUAGAGAUUUCUCACAGUUCCGGUUCCUUUCCUGGGGGACGCCAGAUACCUCAGCUCAGAGACAGACUAGACCUGAAGUGGCGCCGGCUGAAAUCAGCGUCUGGCAUCCUCCGAGUGCAAACAGGGAUCUUCCUCCGUGUAUUUCCUGUGGAAACAGGAAAGGGAACGCGGAGGCGAGGCCUUGACCGCCAUCUCCUCCCCGAUGGGCGGCUUCCAAAACUGCUGGCUUCUGGGAAAGAAAGACUGCAUGGUGCACCCCUCAACAACCAAACGCUCUUUUGAAGAAACCAAUUAUUUGAUUUCUUCUCAUCAAUGAGGAUCAGGGGAGUACUAUGCCUUAAUGUGUAUGUGUGCAUGUUAAGUGCCUUGGAGCAUGUCUUCUGGAGAUCAAGAGAAUCUGGAAUGUGCAUAAUCAGCGUUAAAUCCUUGCUGUGAGAGCAGCAUUGCAAAGCCUGGUGCUAUAGUUCGGAAAGCCCCGACCAACAUUAAGGGCCUUGAUGAUGGCAGAAGAUGGGGGGUGACUUUAACAGUAAGCAAGACCAGGGGACUAUCUCAACCCAGGAGGAGGUCUGUUGCACCCAGUGUGUCUAUUGCUUUUGCACCGGCCAUACAGACACUUAACACUGAGAGCUCUUGACACAAGUCAGGCAAGGUGCAAUAGUGUUCAAAAAGUGAAACAGAGUUUUCUAGAUAUUUGUUGCCUCUGUUCUCAUGUGUGUUUCUGUGGGAACACGCUCUACCUGAUGGAUUACGUUACAUCCCUUUCAAUACAGGGUCAUUU